CCAUCCGAUACAAAAUUCCAAUUGUUCGUCGCAGCGUGGAUACAGUCAACGGCAAUGAAUCGAUUAGCCACUAUGACAUUGGAGAGGCUAUCAAGAGAUACGUGCGAUCGACUAUGAAGGGAUAUGUCUGUCAAAGUCCAGACAGGGUUUGUGUAGUAGGGUCUCCCGGACCAAUAGGAGCUCGUGGUCUUCCCGGGAAGAGAGGGCCCAAAGGAAUUAGGGGGAAAAAGGGAACGCGAGGAGUUGUGGGACCUCCAGGAGGACCGGGAAAGCAAGGCAUCAAGGGAGAUAUUGGCCCUGAAGGAAUCAAGGGAGAAAAAGGAAUCCCAGGGACACCUGGACAACCAGGAGCUAAAGGUGAACCGGGCGAGUCCCUAUCAGCGCCAGAGGUGACUGUAUCACUAACUACAGACACUGUUACUGAAAACCAAACUGCCACGUUUUAUUGCUCGGCUAAUGGCAAUCCAAUGCCUACCGUCACCUGGAGUAAAACUGGUGAUACGAAACCAAUUUCAAGCCGACAUAAUAAGUUAGAAAUCACAAAAGCUACUUAUAAUGACUCGGGAAAUUAUGUUUGCACGGCCAAGAACGUAUUGGGUGAGGUGCAAAAGCAGGUGAAGCUCUUUGUGGAAGUUCCUCCACGAUUCACAAAAACUCCAAACAGAGUCAUUAAAAUCAACAGAGGUAAAAAGGCAUCUGCUUCCUGCCAAGCGUUUGGAUUUCCUUCGCCAAAAAUAGUUUGGUCAAGAGGACUUGUCCCGUUACCACAAGAUAGAACAAGUGUCAGCAAUGGAACUCUAGAUAUAUCACUUUUUGAUCUUAAAGAUUCUGGUACGUACCGAUGUACCGCGUCCAACAAGCUGGGAUCUGUCAGUGCUUUGACAACCUUAUAUUAUAUACACAUAGAAAAGUUUAAGGCCGUCUUUACCAACCUUGGUGCGAGUGGAAGAUUUGGUCCAACAUCGCCUGGUAGUCACUACGCUAAACAGGAUCAUGACGGACAAGUUACACUGUCCAGCGGUAUUCAACAGUGGACUGUGCCGUACACUGGUGACUACAGAAUAGAAGCAAUAGGAGCAGCAGGAGGGUACGAUUCACACGCUAACAGUACUCAAUACCGAGGAAGGGGAGCAAGAAUGGUUGGAACGUUCCGCUUGAACAAGGGUGAAGUUAUUCGAAUACUUGUCGGCCAAGAAGGAGGAGUAAACACGGGGAAAAAGGCUUCUGGCGGUGGUGGAGGUACAUUUGUAGUAAGAGGAGGCAACACACCUUUGAUUAUAUCCGGGGGUGGAGGAGGCAUAGAAUCAGCAUAUUCAAGGCAUUCAGGAUGUGAUGCUAGUACUGGUUCAUCGGGAAAUCCUGGGUACAGGUCUUGGUCAGGGGGGAGCAAUGGACAUGGUGCACAGACUGCUGAUACUAGUAAUUCCGGUGGCGGUGGCGGAGGUUUCUACUCCAACGGCAGAAGUUCAAAGCAGUUUGGGGGUACCAUGGGAAUAGGUGGAGAGGGUGGAAAAGGAUUUCUCCAGGGAGGAGUGGGAGGUAGAGCUAAGUAUAACAAUGCUGUUGGUGGAUUUGGUGGAGGUGGAGGUGCUUAUGGAAAUGAAGGAGGUGCAGGAGGAGGAGGAGGAUACUCUGGAGGAAGCAGUGGGGAUAAUGAAUAUGAUUCCUGUGGAGGCGGUGGCGGAUCUUAUAAUGCUGGUAAAAAUCGACAAAACGAAUGUUGCUAUCAAUCAUCUGGCCAUGGUCAGGUGAUCAUAACCUUACUGUGAAAAGAGAAAAGUGUUUUGGGCAUUAUUAAACACUUAUAGACUGAUCCCGACGUAAACAGCCUUUUUUGCCAAGGCGGAGCCGAGUGGGAAAAUAUCUGUUCCUCGAGGCAAAAGUCGGUCAACAUUCAGUUCUUUUUUUUUUAUCCAAAUUCUUUGCCAAUUAAUGAAAUAACAGUGUAUUGUAAGGAAACGCUAUCAUAUUAAUCACUGGAUUUAAGGGGACCAUACCAGUUUGCCAUUCGAGGCUUUUUUAAAAUAUCAUAAAGAUCGAGUGGAUUGUAAUUUUUCAUUUAACGACAAAUAGGAAGUCAUGUAAUUUUUUUGCUAGUCGAUAUUUUCAUUUCAUCGUAUUUUAUCCCUAGAUUUCUCAAGGUCGACGCUUGCCCAUGGUUCUUGUAGA